AUGUCUAGAGAAAACGACGAUAACAAGGUAAGUUACUAUGAAAACUCAUGUCGUUUCAGCAAGAAAUAUAAUUAAAAAAAAUUUUUGCCACUGAAUUUUAACCUAUGUUAUGCCUUGUCUCUGACAUUACUUCUGUGCAAGAAAUUUUUAAAUUUACAAAUUUUGAUUCUCUGUUACCUCUUUUUUAGAAUUUCCUUUUAAAAUUAUGUAUUUUAAAUUUUCAGCCGAGGAAAAAAGAGUCGAUUAAUUCAGCAGAAUCCGGGACUAAGGGGAGAAGUACGCUGUCGCCUGCCACUCCUAAAUCGAACAAAAAGGGUACGUUUUCACAAGUUUCAUCAAAUUAUUGGAUGAAGUUAACAUUAAAAUUCGAAAAAAAAUUGGUUUUGUUCGAAGCUAAAAUUUUUCUGCUUGCGACUUCUGUAGUCUGCAUCAGGCUUUGCGCGCAGCUUUCACUGGGCGCAGUUUGCAGUACAUUUUCGCUGAAUCUGUUGGAUUUUUUUGAAUUUCAAUUUGGAUUUUUAUGGAGUUUUUAUCUGGAGUUUGUUAUUUUUGAACCAAAUUUUGUUUUCCACUUCUAUUUAUGUUUAUUUGAUGAAAAUGGCGUAAACGUACGUUAUUAUUUGAAUAAAAAUAUUGUUUUAGAAGCAGACGAUGAAGAUGAGCCUAAAGGGACGAAGAAGAACAAGAAACAGACGAAAGGUUCGAAGGAUACAGAUGAGAAGAAGGUGAGAAGUUAAAAUCUGGUAAAGAAAUUGGUAAAAGCGUAUUUUACAAACAAUUUUUUAAGCUUUUUCAGUUGUUUUAGUUGAUUCUACUAUAAUUUUCAUGUUUUAUUUUAAUUUUGGGUUUUAAUUCAAAUGUUUUCACAAGUCUUGAUUUUAAAUUUAGGUAUUAUUUAGCUCAAUUUCGAAUAUUUUUGUAGCGUUACGUGUAAUCUUACUCAUUUUAACGUUUUCAGAACGAUAAUCCAGACUAUGUUAUGCCAGUCCUGAAGAAGCGAAAGUCCAAAGAUAAGGCCAGAGUUGGAAGCAAAGAAACCGACAAUGAACUGAGCAACGAGAAGAUAAAGGAUAAGAAAGCUAACUCUAAGGAGAAGACCGGCAGCAAGGAGAGCGACGAAGUCAAGGUGAAGAAGAAGGGCAGCAGGAAGAACACUGGCAAGAGGACCGCUUCCAAACCAAAGUCGAGAAGGAGAUCCGCUGAUAAAGACGAUGACGACGGCUUUGAGCCUGCUGAAGGACUCGCCAAGAAUGAUAAGAAAGCCAAGGACGACGAUGGUAAGCCGAAGUAA